AUGGCUUCCAACAAGCUUAGUGCACUCAUUAUACUGUUUUCUCUUCUUUCUUACUCAACAUUUUCACAUGCUUGUGGUUCAUGCAAACCACCAACACCUAAGGCUAGCCCUCCUCCUUCAAAAUCACAAAAAUGCCCAAAGGACACCUUAAAGCUAGGUGUUUGUGCUGAUGUUCUAGGACUUGUUAAUGUUGUUAUUGGAACACCUGCUUCAAGCAAAUGUUGUGCAUUGAUUCAAGGUUUGGCUGAUCUAGAAGCAGCACUUUGUCUUUGUACUGCAAUUAAGGCUAAUGUUCUUGGUAUCAACUUGAAUGUUCCUGUCACACUCAGUCUCUUACUUAGUGCUUGUCAAAAAUCUGUUCCUUCUGGUUUCCAAUGCUCGUAG